UCGGUGCUCCGCCGCCCGCUCUGCGUAAGCUCGCCAGGCGCUCGCAGGCUCCGGCGUCGCCAACAUGUCGACCGCCAUGAACUUCGGGACCAAGAGCUUCCAGCCGCGGCCCCCGGAGAAGGGCAGCUUCCCGCUUGAUCACUUCGGUGAAUGUAAAAGCUUUAAAGAGAAAUUCAUGAAGUGUCUUCAUGACAAUUAUUUUGAAAAUGCUUUGUGCAGAAAUGAAUCAAAAGAAUAUUUAGAAUGCAGAAUGGAGAGAAAAUUGAUGCUACAAGAACCAUUGGAGAAACUGGGAUUUGGAGACUUGAUUGGUGGAAAAUCAGAAGCAAAAAAAUGAAUUUUGAUGAGAAGACUCCUGGGCCGUGUUCAGUGGUCUCUUGGGACAGAGGGUACCAUCCUGCGUCUUAGGUUGGCGAAGGCCUGCAUGUAGUGUCCUUAGACUGUGUGUGGUGUCCUUGUGAAGCCCAAAUAGAGGCUUCUGCCCUGUGGUGGCAUCUCCUGGGUAGGGAAGUAGUGUCCUGUUUUCCCUGAGGAAGGUAUUUCUGCGUUGAACCCCUGAGUGGGAUGGAGUUUCCCAGCAAGCCUGGAAGGGAGGGGAGCGUGGGGCAAGAUCUCUAGUCUUCGAGGACCGGGGCGCUCUUGUGUGGAGUGGUUUUAUGUUGCAGUUCUCUGAUGCUUUCUGACUUCAAACAGGUAAAUGGACAUCAAUUUCAGUCCCUUCUAAACACAGGUAUCAUCAGAAAAUUACCAUUCCCUAGCAGAAUGUUUUCCUGUGUGUAUUUGUUAGGCUAGUUCAUUUCCUUUUUUUUUUUUUUUUUU